UCUAAAAUACUACAUAUUUGGCGAUGAGGAUAACAAUGGAGGACUGCGUUGGAUUUGUUUGCUACAAAUUUAACGGAGUGUUUGGCGUGCGACGCUGGAUGCGACACUCAAGUGAACGGUGGACGGUUCUGAAGAAUUGAUUCCCUGGAUACGGACAUCUAUAAGCAGCAUGGACAGUGAGUGCCUGGUGUUGUUGCCUCGGGUGUGCGCUGUACUAGCGGACCCCAGACAGUCCCUACCAGAUGACACCAGCCUCGAGAAACUGCUGGACUGGUUCACUGGUCUCACCAAGGAGGACCAUGGCCUGGCCCUGUUGGAGUCCUGCCCCUGUCUGGUGGACUACAUAUCCACUGUGUGUCUUGAUAAAACUACACAUCCCAGCAUGCUUUCCUUCAGCCUCAAGCUUUCCGGCCUGCUGGCGGCCAGCCAACACGGCUUCAACCUGCUGCAGGAUCGAUCCAUCCUGGGCAUGGCCUACGACAGCGAGCGCUGGCAGGUGGCUGGCCUAUGGGAGGAUCCGAGCGUGCGGAUUGGCUGGAUCCAUGGCCUGAGUAACAUGAUGCGCCACACACAGGCCUUCCACUUCCUGGAUCAGGCUGGCCUGACCAAACCCCUCCUCCAGCUACAGACUGACCCCAGCCUAUUCGUCGCCUCAGCCGCAAAUCACCUCCUGGCCCGCCUCCUAACCUUCCACCAGCCAGCUACAACCUCACACACAACCCAGGGGAAUGGCCUCACUGUUCCACCCAAUAAGGAAGAGGUAGAAUUGGACGUAACCAUGGAGACAAGUCCAGGAAGCGGGUGUUCCAUCACCAUGGAGAUCUUGAAGCACCUGGAGAGCUCUCUGGAGUCAGACAGCCACACCCAGGUGCUCCAGGGGCUGAGGCUGCUGGCCCUGACUAUCCCCAAGCUGGAAGCUCCUCUCCGGGGAUGGGUGAUCAGGCGAGUCCUGAGGCCUCUGGAGGGGUUGGUCCUAGAAGGCCGCAGAGCAGUCACACAGCCUCUAAUGGACGUCCUACUGGCUACAUACAGGUCCGGUCCGUGUGACUCCAGACUCGUCUCUCUGAUGGCGUCCAUGUUGAACUCCCAGAAUCCCUCUGACGCUGCGCUGUGUGCCGCCGCCAUCCUCCAUCCGGAGACCUGUCCUCCAGGCCUCAGACAGAAGGUCGUAGCUGUUCUACUGGGACCUCUACAGAUGGUUACUGGAGUAACUCUGCUGGACUGGCACAAUGACAGACACACUGAUGGACAGACUGACCACAGACACACUGAUGGACAGACUGACCACAGUCACACUGUUGAUGACAACAGACAGACUGAUGGACAGACUGACCACAGACACACUGAUGAAGACCACAGACAGACUGAUGGACAGACUGACCACAGACACACUGACACUGACCAGGACAGACAGACGGAGGGUCGUAGCUCUCUCUCUCUCCUGCGGGAUCAUCUCAAUCACAAACCCUCCUGUAUCUCUCUGCUCUGUGUCUCUGUGUCCAGUGCUCCCUACAUAACAGACAUGGAGUCAUCUGCCGCUGUCAUCCUUGCUGUGGUGUCACUCCUGAGGAUCUGUAACGGCCACUCACCCGAGAGCAAGGCUGCUAUUGGCUGUAGCAAAGCAUCCACCAACCUGAUUGGCUGCAGCAAGGUCCAGAGGUGUGGCCUAGACUCCCUGGCUAGUCUUAGCACCUGCCCUGGAGCUGUGGAACGGGUGGUGGAGGUGUUCCAUGUUCUAGUGCAGAACCUACAGAACCCUGACUCAGACCCCACCGUGCUCCAGAAGAACUACCAGGCCAUGUUGAGGUGGCUUAGUGUGUCUGCAGAGUCUUCCUCACUGGCUGAUCUGGUCAAUGAAGACCUCCUUCCCGUGCUAAAGAAGCGUGUGUGUGACGUGCGUUGGGAGGUUCGAGACUCCACUCUAGAGUUCCUCGGCCAGCUGUGUGAGGCGUUCAGCUGCACUGUCACUCCUAUCCUGCUGGAGGCGCUGUGUGAUCAGGAGAGCUAUGUGAGGGCUAGUGCCAUCUCUGCCCUGGCCAGGACUCUACCACUCAGUGACCAGCAGGGGGAGCCAGGGAACCAGACACAGGAGCAGACCCUGGGUCAGUUACUACACAUCCUGUCUCAGGAUUCAGAGGGCUUCCCCAGACGUGCUGUGGUCCAGUUCUUCAUCAACUGGCAAAAGACACACCCAUCAUCCUCCUCCUCCUCCUCCUCGCUGCGUUCUGUCCUAUCGCUGGGCAGCACUGAUCUGGACUGGGAGGUCAAAGUUCACACCCUGGAGCUGGUUGAGCUCCUGAUGGAGGAAACACUUCCAGGUCACCAGGAGUCAGAGCUGGGGUCAGCUCCUCCCCCUUACGGUGGCUCUGGAGGGACAAACCUACUAACACACACUGACCUCACACACCCCUACGCUGUGACGCCAAGCCAGCCCUCACCCCUUCUAACACACACCACAACUGACACACACACACCCCCAACACACACAUCUGUAGUGUGUGGUCUGUCUCGGUUGGUGGAGCUCGGUGUUGUAACAGCGUUACUCAACGGCCUGUUUGAUUGUGACAGACCUGUAGCUUUAAAAGCCUGUAGUCUGUUGCUACGACUACGAGACGCGGUGUGUGUCCCCCGGUCGCUAGGGAAAGGUGCUAUGACAACUGACGACGCCACAGCAACCGUUGCCAAGGUGACUUUUGACCUGAGGGGUCAGGUUUGGGAGCGGGAGGUCACGAGGAAGUUACAGGAGAAGAGAGGAUCUGGUUGGGUUAAAGAGUCCAGGGAAGUAGGUUGUGAUAGGCUGAACAGGAACAGAGUUUCUGAUAGGACAGACGGGGCUGGUUCCGAAGCCUGCGAUAGGUUGACAGGGAAGAGUGUGUGUGAGGUGCUGUGGUCGUUGGGUCUAGAGGAGAGACAGAGUGUGUUAUCACUGAGCAGUGACCAUGUCCAGAACUCACCCCUCUCUCUACUGGAGGACAUCCUGAACCCUACACACACCUCACUCACUGACGAGGUUAUAGUAGACUGUUACUGACCCACACAUCACAAACACUACACACCUUGUUAUGGAAUAAAACCGUUUUAUUUGUGAUUUUUGUUUCUCCUCUACGUUGACUAGUGAGUACUGUAGUUAGAGUUCCAUUGGGACAUAACUCUUGAUCACCCACCUACCAGGAAAAUAAACAAAGAUUUCAAACCA